UGGGGAACCGAUGAGCGGAUCACAUCCCUCCCUUCCCGUCUUUUGUAGUCAAGAAAGAAGAAAGAUGGCGCCAACACAUGUAUUGAGAUGCUGCCAGAGGGGUCUGGCGUGGAUACCGGUGAUAUUUAUUGCUUUAGUGGUGUGCUGGUCGUAUUAUGCAUACGUGGUGGAGUUGUGUCUACUUACUAUUUCCAGCACUGGCGAAAAAAUCGUCUACCUGGUGGUGUUUCACCUCUCAUUCGUCAUGUUUGUGUGGUCAUACUGGAAAACAAUUUUUACCAAACCAGCAAAUCCUUCCAAAGAGUUCUGUCUACCCAAAUCGGAGAAGGAACAGUAUGAGAAAGAGCAGCGUCCAGAAACUCAGCAGGAGAUCCUGAAGAAAGUGGCCACCAGUCUGCCUCUCUAUACCCGCACCGGGGCAGGAGCUAUUCGAUACUGUGACCGUUGCCAGGUCAUCAAGCCAGACAGAUGUCAUCAUUGUUCUGCUUGUGACAUGUGUGUGCUAAAGAUGGAUCAUCACUGUCCAUGGGUGAAUAAUUGUGUGGGUUUCUCCAACUACAAGUUCUUCAUCUUGUUCCUGACCUACUCGCUUGUUUACUGCUUAUUCAUCGCAGCCUCGGUCCUCCAAUACUUCAUAAAGUUCUGGACAUCUGUCUCUGUUUGCACUAAGCUUUGCCGGAGGAAAUCGGCAGAGAAUUGUCCAAAGAGUGACCUGCAAGAGUCUCACGCCAAAUUCCAUGUCUUGUUUCUCUUUUUUGUUGCGGCCAUGUUCUGCAUCAGCAUUCUUUCACUCUUCACUUACCACUUGUGGCUUGUUGGAAAAAACAGGUCCACCAUAGAAGCAUUCAGAGCCCCGGUCUUCAGAAAUGGCCCUGAUAAAAAUGGAUUUUCCCUGGGCUUCAGCAAGAACAUCGCUCAGGUGUUUGGAGACGAGAAGAAGUACUGGCUGCUACCUGUCUUUACCAGUCAAGGAGAUGGGCUUUCUUUUCCUACACGGUUGGUCCCGAUUGAUCCAGAGCAGCCCACUGAAUGUCUCCAGCCUGGUGGCUUGGAUAAAGGUGCUGUAGAAGUAUCUGCAGAGCAAACCAGUCCUCUCAGUGAAUCCCAGAACCGUCUGCUAGGCAACGAUUACCACAGUGAAGAGGAUCACAAAGAGACAGAAGUCAUAAAGUCUGAUGAGAGUGAGGCCAUCACUAUCUCCAUUGAGAGUGAGUCAUAGCCAGGACUGAAGGUGGUGAGGGGUGAGUCCUCUGUGGUCUCGUGCCUUUGACUCCCUAUCCUGGGGACUGUUGAGGAGAAUCACAGCCAUCAAAGCUGAUGCCUUAAACAGCUCUUUUUUUUCUCGAAAAGCUCCUGAACACUUUCCCUUGCCCACUUUCCAUCCUUCCUCACAUCUGUAAAAUUGCCCCCCCCAAGUCCUCCUCGGUUCAACUAUAGUAGCUGCGCUCUUUCAACAAAGAGUUUUGCACGCAUGUCUUUUUACAUCCAUCGUUUUUGCACAGAGAAAACUCCUUUGUUGCUCAGGCCUCCAAAGACCCACAAGACAUGCAGAUCCCACAAAUGCAUGUUAAUUGAUACAGAAGAUGGACAUUUUUUUGAAACGCUUCCCAAAGUGUUUACCAAGAAAUGCUGUUUACUUGAGAGGAAGGUCGUAAAACAUUUUGACUGAGAGUUGAUGGCUCAUUCGCACUUUUUUUUUGAAUAUUAAAACGUUUUCAACUCCACUGACGUAUAAAACACACGUUCACAAAGUGCAAUGGAGUGUGGACGCCUGCAAAAAGACUCUUCUUGUGCAUUCUUAAGCUGCUCCACUUGUGUGGUGACUUUAAUGUUUUGUUGUGGUUUUCGAGAUGAUUCUGGUGUGAAACGUUGCGCACACGUCGGCCACUUUUGCGUAUGCCAAAUAAAGGGCUUAAUACCGGAGCUCUGAACUCUAGGAGUGUUUACAAAAUGUCCGUAAUACCUCUCUGCUCUUGCAGUGUAGCCAGUGUCGCAUUGGAAACCAAAUGAAAAUCUUUGUAGGUUCCUCCUGCAGUAUAAAGAGCGGCAUUUACACGGCUUGACAUUGUAUUGCGCGAUGGUCAAUGGUCUUUGGUAUUGUAUCACCAGACUUCUUUUUCCUUUUUUUAUUACGUAUAAGCAUUGUGAAUAGCUCUUUGGAUUGAGAGCACAUAUUUUUUUAAACCAUUUGUUUGCUAAACGGUCCUUUUUGUGUAUUUAUAUUCGUGGUAAGUCAUCAUUUGUAAGCGUGAGUUAAUAAAUGUAACUGUAGCGUACACUUACGUGGAAAUGACGUGCGGAAAUCCAGAUGUUGUUUAUGUACUACAAAGUGAACCUGUCUUGUGUUCAGAUGUUUCUAAAGAAAUGCCUUGACAAAUCAAGACAUAAAUGAGGGGGAGGCAAGUGAAACCAGUGAAAAGAAAUUCAGUAUCUCCUGAACAGUCAGUCAAUCAUGAGUUUUAAAUCAGAUGGAUUAUUUUUAUUUAUAAGCCCGCGUCGGCUCAUUUUGGGCCUCACAUGGGGUUUUAAGUAUUACCAGAUGGGUUUUGCUGUUGUUUAGGACAUCUUUGACUGUUUAUGUGCUGAAAAAAAAUGUAGAUUUUGACCAUGACAUUGUUUGGAGGAGUGCUGCUGGUUACGGGGAUUGCAGCUAAUUUUCUAUGUAAAAUGGUGUAGCUGUUUUUGUGGUGUUGAGGAAUGAGAUUUGUGGAUCAGAAUGAUUUUCUUUUAAACAGCCUCGACGAUAUGUAUAAAAAAAAGAAUUUUUCUCAGUUUUGCAUCAAAGCAUGGCCCUAAAAUGAUUUUAUACUUUAUUUAUAACACUUUUCUGUUGUCUAUAGUUACAUUUUUAUACGUAUUACUAAGGGGAAAAGAGUCAACAUAAAGCCAUAAUGAAAUUAAAUCUAGAUAUUGUUAGUGUAUCAUUUUCUUUAUUUGUGUUACAAUAAAAUAAAAACGGAUUUAAUGCAUGUCAAGAACAGCUACAUGUUUGAUCUACUGAUGUGUGAAAUGGUCGGAGUUUUGUUUUUAAAUGACAUGUUUUAAAACUCAUAUGUUACAGAUUAUGUAAAAAGAAAAAGAUAUUUUUUGAUUUUAACAUACUUUGUGAAUGAAGUACAUGCUUAUAUGUGACAAGUAACAAUAAA